CAGAAAAAAGAAAACAUGGCGAUGAAAGUCAUAGGCGAGAAUGAGCAUGUGAUGCGUAUUGGACCCAAAACUAAAGGCGCAAAAAAGGAUGAGGAUCGGCGGCGGAGUGGUGUACGGGGGUCCACGCGCCAACGCUCUGCCACUCCUUCUUAGCCACGGUAGAGCUAGUGUUCGCUGCUAUUCCUCUUCCUCUACUCCUGACCAUGUAGCAUUCGUCAAGGACAUAGCUGCCACUCAGCCUCCUGAGCAUUUGUCUCAAUUGUUGAAUGUUUUGAAAGCCAAAGGUGAAACUAUCGUUUUUCCUGGAGCUAAGCAGGGGUUGAUUCCCCUUGCCAUACCACUAACAAAAAGCAGCUCAGGUGCUGUAACUGCACUGCUGCGGUGGCCCACAGCUCCACCUGGGAUGGAAAUGCCAGUUGUGGAUGUUAACAAACAUGGAGUCAAGCUGUUAGCGAAGAGUGUAGACCAAUAUAUUCACAGAAUAUUGGUGGAAGAAGAUGCGAAAAACAGUCAAGAGAGAAAUGAUGAGCUUUUUAUUGUGUCAGCUGAUGCUGGGAAGAAACUUUAUCAAAAGGGUGGCUUUGCAGAGUCCAAAAUUUCUAAUUUAGACAUCUAUCUUUUAAAAGAGGUUGGUCUGUUCCCAGAUAUCAUAGAACGCAAAGUGAUGCGACAUUUUGAGGAGGGUGAUCAAGUUUCAGCUUUAGUAACGGGGGAGUUUUAUACUAAGAAGGAGCAUUUUCCUGGAUUUGCUCGACCUUUUGUUUUCAAUGCAGAGGUCUUGUUGAGGUUUGUAGUAAUAUUUUCUACCAUGUAUGGGCGGUCUAAAAUUGAUACCGGGCUCUGUUUUCAUAGGGGCCGCCCUUUUUGUUUCAUUGACAGGGUUGGGCGUAAUGUAGAAGCUAAAGAUGCUGCCAGAGGAGCUUUGAAAUCCCCAUGGUGGACUUUAGGCUGCAAAUAUGAGGACGUCGCUAAGAUUGCACAGUGGGAUGAUGAGCAAAUUGAGUACAUUAAAGAGAAGGUGACUGAGGAGGGAAGGCAAGAAGAUAUUAAGAAGGGGAAGGCACCCGCACAGGUUGUAUUAGAUGAAGCUGCUUUUUUGAUGGAUUUAGCUUCUAUUGAGGGGACGUGGGAUGACUACUUGGAGCGAAUUGCAGAAUGUUACGAGGAGGCAGGACUCAAUGAUAUUGCAAGAUUUAUUCUUCAUAGAGAUUAACUAUUCUUGAUUUCGGUAGAUGUUGCUUCUAAACGUAGGACGCUGUUCCUUCCUUGCUAUAUGGACAUUUCAGUGCUUCGCAUGAAAUUUUGUAAAAAUAUAAUUUAUAGUAAAUUACAUAAAUAAUUUAUUCCAAACUAGAUUAUAAGGAAAAUAAAACCAGAGGUACCAUUGAUAUAAAUCAAAUGGAGGAAGCUUGACAAGUUUGAAUGUGCA